GAUUGGCAGUCAACCAUCGGCCGGUGAAUUGUGAUUUUGUAAUUGUUCAUAAUAUAAAUUGAGUUUUAUUAAUACACGUAAAUUAAAUAUACAAUUGGUUCUACUUCAAGACUAUGACCGCUUUCGAAGAAUUCGGUGUUUUACCAGAAAUCGCUAAAGCCAUAGAAGAAUUGGAAUGGACAUUACCAACAGACAUCCAAGCCGAAGGUGUUCCUUUGGUGUUAGGAGGAGGAGAUGUCUUAAUGGCAGCUGAAACAGGCAGUGGCAAAACUGCUGCAUUUUGUCUACCAAUCAUUCAAAUAGUGUGGGAAACUCUUAAAGAUAUAGAAUCUGGAAAAACAUCCAAAGCCUCCACAAACAUAUCUCCACCAUGGAAAAUGUCUACAUUAGAUAGGGGCAAUGCUCUGGCAGUAUCUCCUGAUGGCCUUAGAGUUCAAUCUAGGGAGCAAAAAGAAUGGCAUGGUGUUCGAUGCACCAGAGGUGUGUCUUCUGGAAAAUGGGGAUUUGAAGCUACUGUCACUGAUGAAGGGCUUUGUAGAGUUGGCUGGUCCACACUUCAAGCUAAUUUAGACUUAGGAACAGACAGGUUUGGCUUUGGAUUUGGGGGUACAGGAAAAAAAUCUAAUAACAAACAGUUUGAUACUUAUGGAGAACCAUUUGGAAAGUGUGAUGUUAUUACUUGCUUAUUGGACUUGGAUGCCAAGGAAAUUAAAUUUUUGAAGAAUGGAGAUGAUUUAGGACGUGCCUUUACCAUAAAUCAGCAAUUGCACAAUGUCGCAUUUUUUCCAGCAGUUGUACUUAAGAAUGCCGAGAUGGCCUUUAAUUUUGGCGACACACCAUUUAAAUAUUGCCUGCCUCAAGGUUAUCAACCUAUAAUGUCAGCGUCCAAAGAAAAUGUGGUAGUUAAUACAAAUGGACAAAGUAAUUCAGCUGCAACCACGAAAAUUGCAAAUAACGCUCCACAGGCCAUAAUUAUUGAGCCAUCCAGAGAACUGGCAGAACAAACCAGCAAUCAAAUCAAGAAAUUUAAAAAAUAUUUGGAAUCACCUGGAAUAAGGGAGUUACUGGUUAUUGGAGGCGUUAAUGUAAAGGAACAAAUUUCGGUUUUACAGAACACAGGGGCUGAUAUUAUUGUGGGCACACCUGGUAGGCUAGAAGAUCUAAUUCAAGGAGGAUACCUCUCGUUAUCGAACUGUCGAUUUUUUGUUUUGGAUGAAGCUGAUGGAUUGCUAAAACAGGGUUACACAGAUUUAAUUGAAAGAUUACACAAACAAAUGCCGAAAAUCACAUCCGAUGGCAAAAGAUUGCAGAUGAUUGUUUGCAGUGCUACUUUGCAUGCGUUUGAAGUUAAAAAAAUGGCGGAAAAACUUAUGCAUUUUCCUACAUGGAUAGAUUUGAAAGGAGAAGAUUCUGUGCCUGAAACAGUCCAUCAUGUUGUUGUAAAGGUAGACCCACAACAGGACAAGAGUUGGCGUGAUAACAGAAGGCAAAUUACCACUGAUGGUGUGCACACUGCUGAUAACCUUUCUUAUGAUAAUAGUCCUGAAGCAAUGAGUGAAGCAGUUAAAUUACUGAAAGGAACGUACUGUGUUAAGGCAAUAGACGAACAUAAUAUGGAUCGUGCCAUUAUUUUCUGCAGGACAAAAUUAGACUGUGACAAUUUAGAAAGAUUCCUAAAGAGUAUUGACAAGAAUAAGUAUUCAUGCGUGUGUUUACAUGGUGACAGAAAGCCGAACGAAAGAAAGGCGAACUUGGAAUUGUUUAAACAAGGAAAGGUAAAAUUUUUGAUUUGUACGGACGUUGCGGCGAGAGGACUGGAUAUUACAGGAUUGCCAUUUAUGAUUAAUGUUACUUUGCCAGACGAAAAAAGUAAUUAUGUUCAUCGAAUUGGUAGGGUAGGACGUGCCGAGAGAAUGGGAUUGGCUAUAAGUUUAGUCAGUACUGUCCCAGAGAAGGUUUGGUAUCAUGGCGAAUGGUGCAAGUCACGAGGUAGAAACUGUUAUAAUACUAAUUUAACAGACGUUAAAGGGUGUUGCAUUUGGUAUAACGAACCACAGUUUUUGGGAGACAUUGAGGAGCAUCUUAAUGUGACCAUUCAACAAAUCGGAACUGAUUUUAAGGUGCCUGUCGAUGAAUUCGAUGGGAAAGUGGUUUAUGGUCAAAAGAGGGCGGCUCAGGGAACCUCGUACGAAACUCACACAGCGCAGAUGAUCCCAAUUGUUAAAGAUCUGACAAAACUAGAAAAGGAAGCUCAGCUGCUCUAUCUGAAGAGGCAUUUAUCCAAAUUAGCACAAUGAAUUCAUUCAAUUUAUACUAAUUUAUUGUACUGAAAUUAAAAGGCUUUUAAUUUAAUUUAAAACUUGUAUAUUAAUAAACAAUUUAUAAAAUACAA